AUGCUACGACGCCAAUCGUCCGCCUAUUUUCUCAUAUCUCUAAUCCUCUUCUCUCUCGCGCCACCCGCCGAAUUUCGUCGCGGUGGAGGCGGAAGCAUCGGUGGCUCCCGUGGUGCGUCCGGCGGCUCUCGCGGCUCCAGCGGUGGUGGAUUCGGAAGUCGUGGCUCAUCUGGAGCACGAACGCAGUCUAGUAGUGGUGCCGGAUGGUUGGGAGGCGGCACAAAGACGGGCGCUGGAAGGAAUGACUAUUCGAGAGGCACCAAUUUGGGAAAUACGAGACAGGGAACGAAUACGGGCGGUUCGUGGAAUAAUCAUGAUAGUGGAAAAGGAUGGAAUAAUAAUCAGGGACAGUAUCGAGGAAGUGGUGGUGGUAUGAACACUGGCAGCAAGGGCGGAUUCUUGGGCGGUCUAUUCGGCCGUAAAUCCCAUCCGACGGGUUACGGUAGCGGUGGCGGUUCCAGAUGGACAAAUUCUGGUCUGGGCUCCCGGUCCCGAGGAAGUACGUUCAAGAAUAUGAUUGUUGGAGCGGCCGCCGGAUAUUUGACCUACCAAGCUGGAAAAGCUAUUAUCAGAGCUGCAGCGGGACCCAUGAUGUGGAACAACCGUCCAUACUACUGGGGAUCCAACUACUAUCGCUCGAGUCCCGGGCACACAAAUAUGUGUAGAAUGCCGAUUGAAGGAGGAGAUCCACAGUUUGGAAAUAUCUAUUUCCAGGACAACUCGCGUCCCCGUGAAAUCACCUGGGGCUGUGGCUACUACGAGCACUGCUGUGGUUACGAGUGUUGUCGUGGCGGCGGAAGUAUCGGAUCGGAUCGAAUCGGUGGACGUGGAACAUCCAUUGGAUUAUUGGUAAUUAUCGUUCUUGGAUUAUGCUGCGGAUUCCCAUUAUUGACUCGAUGGGUCAGAAGACGACAAUUUGGAGCGGCGGCUUAA